GAGAGAGAGAGAGAGAGAGAGAGAGAGUCAGGGCGUUCGCAGCGCCCCACGCCCGCAGCGGCCUCACGGCAGCGCCUGCGCCCUCCUCAGCCGGUGCGCGGGAGCCGCGGGGGGCAAAGGCACAGCUGUAGGACCAGCGCUCCGCCCGCCUCGCUGGCUCUCUGCGCUCCAGCAAGCAUCAGCGCCAGUUCUCCAAGAUGAAGAAGCUCCAGGGAGCUCACCUCCGCAAGCCUGUCACCCCAGACCUGCUGAUGACUCCCAGUGACCAGGGUGAUGUGGACUUGGAUGUGGACUUUGCAGCAGACAGGGGCAACUGGACGGGCAAGCUGGACUUCUUGCUGUCUUGUAUCGGCUACUGCGUGGGUUUGGGAAAUGUCUGGCGGUUUCCCUACCGAGCCUACACCAAUGGAGGCGGAGCCUUCCUUGUUCCCUACUUCCUCAUGUUGGCCAUCUGCGGCAUCCCCCUCUUCUUUCUUGAGCUCUCCCUGGGCCAGUUCUCCAGCCUGGGACCCCUGGCUGUCUGGAAAAUCAGCCCCCUCUUCAAAGGUGCAGGUGCGGCCAUGCUGCUCAUCGUAGGCCUGGUGGCCAUCUAUUACAACAUGAUCAUCGCCUAUGUCCUCUUCUACCUCUUCGCCUCCCUCACCAGCAACCUGCCCUGGGAGCACUGUGGCCACUGGUGGAACACAGAGCGCUGCCUGGAGCACCGAGGCCCCAGGGACGGCAAUGGGGCGCUGCCUCUUAACCUCAGCAGUACUGUCAGCCCCAGCGAGGAGUACUGGAGUCGCUACGUCCUGCACAUUCAGGGCAGCCAGGGCAUCGGGCAACCUGGGGAGAUUCGCUGGAACCUCUGCCUCUGCCUGCUGCUGGCCUGGGUCAUCGUGUUUCUCUGUAUCCUCAAAGGGGUGAAGUCCUCGGGCAAGGUGGUGUAUUUCACGGCCACCUUUCCCUACCUCAUCCUGCUCAUGCUGUUAGUGCGAGGAGUGACCCUUCCUGGCGCCUGGAAGGGCAUCCAGUUCUAUCUCACCCCCCAAUUCCACCACCUAUUGUCUUCCAAGGUGUGGAUUGAAGCUGCUCUUCAGAUCUUUUACUCCCUGGGAGUGGGUUUUGGGGGUCUCCUCACCUUUGCCUCCUACAACACAUUCCACCAGAACAUCUACAGAGACACGUUCAUUGUUACUCUGGGCAAUGCCAUCACCAGUAUCCUGGCUGGCUUCGCUAUCUUCUCGGUGCUGGGUUACAUGUCUCAGGAGCUGGGUGUGCCGGUGGACCAAGUGGCCAAAGCAGGCCCUGGCCUGGCCUUUGUUGUCUACCCACAGGCCAUGACUAUGCUGCCCCUGUCACCUUUCUGGUCCUUCCUCUUCUUCUUCAUGCUUCUGACUCUUGGCCUGGAUAGCCAGUUUGCCUUUCUAGAGACUAUAGUGACCGCAGUGACCGAUGAGUUCCCAUACUACCUGCGGCCCAAGAAGGCAGUGUUCUCAGGCCUCAUCUGCAUAGCCAUGUACCUGAUGGGGCUGAUCCUCACCACUGAUGGGGGCAUGUACUGGCUGGUCCUUCUGGAUGACUACAGCGCCAGCUUCGGACUCAUGGUGGUGGUGAUCACCACAUGCCUCGCCGUCACCCGGGUAUAUGGCAUCCAGAGGUUCUGCCGAGACAUUCACAUGAUGCUGGGGUUCAAGCCAGGCCUCUACUUCAGGGCUUGCUGGCUGUUUCUGUCCCCAGCCACACUCCUGGCCUUGCUGGUGUACAGCAUCGUCAAGUACCAGCCCUCGGAGUAUGGCAGCUAUCGCUUCCCUGCCUGGGCUGAACUGCUAGGCAUCCUGAUGGGCCUGCUCUCCUGCCUCAUGAUCCCAGCUGGCAUGCUGGUGGCUGUGCUUCGAGAGGAGGGCUCACUCUGGGAGCGGCUUCAGCAGGCCAGUCGGCCUGCUAUAGACUGGGGCCCAUCACUGGAAGAGAACCGGACAGGAAUGUAUGUGGCCACGCUGGCUGGAAGCCAAUCACCAAAGCCACUGAUGGUGCACAUGCGCAAAUAUGGAGGCAUCACCAGCUUCGAGAAUACGGCCAUUGAGGUGGACCGUGAGAUCGCAGAGGAGGAGGAAGAGUCCAUGAUGUGACACUGGGGACCACCAAACAGGAGGGCUGACCGGGGCCUCGCAGGGGACAGCUAUGCCUGCUGGGAUUCUGAAAGGCAGUUGGAGGUUACUACAUCCAUGCCAGUCCCCAGUAUAAGUCCCUCUUUGUGGCCUCUGCCUCUCCUGGGACCUCUAUCUAGAUGGACACACACACACCAUGUAGUCCAUUCAAAGCUGCAAUGGUCCAGCUCAGCCCUCACUUUGCAGAGGGAUGUGUUGAAGCCAGGGAGGGAAGAGCUGGUCCAAGGUCACAUGGCCAAGAGGACUUGUUCCCAAGCCUCCAGCCAGCCAAUUCCCUUUCUCCUGGGGCAGCGGGGACAUAUUUGAUAUUUCUGUUCAGACAUUUUGACAAGACACAUUUCCAUACAAGCCGACUUUAAACCUGGGGUUCCAGGUAGUGAGAAGCCUGGAGGGUUCCAAGGUCCUGAAUAUAGAGUUAGUAAAUGAAUUGGGCAGUAAAAUAUCUCUGUGGGUUCCUGUGUUAAGGCUAAGUUUCCCAGAAGAGGUGGAAACCUAGGGGUCUGGCGGAUGUGAUGGAUUGCAGAACAGACUGGAGGGAGGGCUUAUGGAUCAGAGCUGUCCCGGAGCUGGGAGGGGGCCAUCCUGCCAGAGAAGAGACCGAAAAUGGCUGGAGAUGGCGAUUCUCACAGGUUACGAGAGGGAGUGAGGAAUAGCAGGG